AUGGCCCGCCGUCCCGCUCGUUGCUACCGCUACUGCAAGAACAAGCCGUACCCCAAGUCUCGGUUCAACCGUGGUGUCCCCGACCCCAAGAUUCGCAUCUUCGAUCUUGGUCGCAAGAAGGCCGGUGUUGACGACUUCCCUCUCUGCAUCCACCUCGUCUCCAACGAGUAUGAGCAGCUGAGCUCCGAGGCCCUCGAGGCCGCCCGUAUUUGCGCCAACAAGUACCUCGUCAAGUCCGGUGGUAAGGAGUCUUUCCACCUCCGCGUCCGCGCCCACCCCUACCACGUCGUCCGCAUCAACAAGAUGUUGUCUUGCGCCGGUGCCGAUAGACUUCAGACUGGUAUGCGUGGUGCCUGGGGUAAGCCCAACGGCACUGUUGCCCGUGUCAACAUUGGCCAGAUCAUCCUCAGCGUCCGCACUCGUGACUCCAACAAGGCUGUCGCCCUUGAGGCCCUCCGCCGCUCCCAGUACAAGUUCCCCGGUCGCCAGAAGAUCAUUAUCUCCAAGAACUGGGGCUUCACCCCCCUUCGUCGCGAGGAGUACCUCGAGGCCAAGGCCGCUGGCCGCGUCAAGGAGGACGGUGCCUACGUUCAGUUCCUCAGCAACCACGGUUCGCUCAAGGAGAACAUGAAGCGCUUCCCCGCUGCCUUCGAGGCUUAA